UUUCACGAAAUCUCUCAAACCCUGCAGGCUGUCAUUGGCCAAUCGUCUUUACGCGAUGUUUUGCUUAUUCUAGCAGCCAUCUUUAGUUUAUAAUCAGCUGACAGGUACCGGGAAGAGUAGAGUACGCAGUAUUGCAAGUACAGUAUAACCGGAAUAUAGUAGUGUACAAUGGCGGCAGAUAAUAGUUAUCCCAGAUUUUCCAUCGAGGAUGACUUCAACUAUGGGAGUAACGUCGCAUCAGCCCACAUUCAGAUCCGAAUGGGUUUUUUGAGAAAAGUUUACAGCAUUCUGUCAGUGCAAUUGCUUUUGACCACUGUAACAACAGCAUUAUUCCUCUACUUUGAUUCUGUACGAACCUUUGUGCAUGAAAGCUUUGCUCUGCUUGUGAUAUCGGCCAUUGGAUCGUUGUGCACAGUUAUUGCUCUGACAGUUUACAGACAUCAGUAUCCCUUCAAUCUUUACUUGCUUACUGGAUUUACCGUUUUGGAAACUGUGACUGUUGCUAUUACAGUGACAUUCUAUGACGUAGCUGUGGUUCUACAGGCACUUGUGCUGACAGUUGCAGUUUUCCUUGCAUUAACAACAUAUACGUUCCAGUCAAAAAGAGAUUUCAGCAAGUUUGGAGCUGGGCUAUUUACAGGCUUGUUGAUUCUGAUUCUUGCUGGAUUUCUAAGGCUAUUCUUAUACAGUGAGACUCUAGACUUGGUGAUUGCUGCUGCAGGAGCCCUGCUUUUUUGUGGGUUCAUUAUCUAUGACACACAUGUGCUGAUGCACAAGCUGUCUCCAGAAGAGUAUAUUCUUGCUGCAAUCAAUUUGUACCUGGAUAUCAUUAAUCUCUUUCUGCACCUGCUUCGUUUACUGGAAGCUUUAAACAAAAAAUAAUUCAGCGCAUUCCUUUCCACGGAUAUGGUGCAAUAAAACAGGCGCUUUUCUUUCUUCUUCUGAAUGUGUGGUUUCAAAAUUAUAGUUUUUAUUCAUGAUUAAUUUGUUGCAUUGCAUGUAGCGAAGGUGUUUUUCAAAAAAGAUACUUGUAAAAAUAUGCACAUUCCUGCUGAAAACUGCAAAACAUAAGGGGAAAAUGCAUUGGAAAAAUGCUUGAACUGCUCAAAAAUGACAAAAUAUAAGGUUUUGACUGGUGCCAUGAUGUUUCAUCUCAGGAAACAGUUACAUAUCUCAUUUUAAAAAAUAAUUGCAAACCUAAUAUUUUAAGGUCAUUUUUAUUCCUAACCUGUUUUGUAAAUAAACUAAAAAUACGUUUGUCCAGCAUGUAUAGCGCUAAUAAGAUACUUAAAAGAUAUGGUUUGUUUGUUAUAUGAAUAACUGCAAAAGUGCUAUAAUAUGGAGCAGGAUAAGUUGCCACUUAUUUACGGGUCUUUAGACGUAUUCUAAAUACAUAAAAAAAUAGUAGGUGACACUUUAUGUUGGAUUAGAAGUAAUGGAUUAAAGGGACAUGAAACCCACAUGUUUUAUUAUUUCAUGAUUCAGAUAGAGCAUGUGAUUUUAAACAACUUAAAAAUUGACUUCUAUUAUCUAAUUUGUUUUGUACUUUUUGUUAUCCUUUGUAAAGGAUACCUAGGUAGGCUCAGAAGCUGCUGAUUGGUGGCUGCACAUACAUGCUUCAUGUUAUUGGCUCACAUGUGAGUAGUAAUGCACUGCUGCUGCUUCAACAAAGGAUACCAACAGAAUGAAGCAAAUUACCGACCAGAACUAAAAUUAGAAAGUUGUUUAAAAUUGUAUUUUCUUUCUGAAUCAUGAUAGGAAAAAAAUGGGUUUAUGUCCCAUUAAAGCAAAUUCCACAUUCCUUUAUGUAUGUUUUUUUUUUUUUAUGUUGCUACAAAUAUUGUCUAUUUUUAUUAUAACCAAAUACUACUGAACUGGUAUUCUGUGUGAUGUAUGAUUACUUUUUAUUAAUAUUUUUAUUUUACACAAACAAAAAUUUGACAACCGAGCAAGUUUGAGUAGAUACAAUGUAGACAUAAUUUAUAGUACAUUUACCAUAAAGGUAUUGCUCAAAUGACAGCAUUUAUUAUUGACAAAUGCCAAAUUUUCUAAAAUCUUAAGGAAUCCUGUUUUGCCAAGUAAAUUGGUGGUGUUCUGCAUUGGAAAUCAAGCUAGUUUACACAAUAUAAUUACAAUAUUUUGAGUCACUGUAAAACAAAUUAAUAAAAAAAUGUUUUAUUUUA